AUGCAAUACCCUUGUUCUAGUUGGCUUCCGCUGGCCCUGAGUACCGACUGGUCGGACAAGGGCUGCCCGAGUACCCCCUACCGAAGCCUGGACGGCAGCUGCAACAACGUGAGGAGACCCUACGAAGGAGCUGCCUACAGCCACUUCACCUCCCUAGUGUCCGCUCUCCAAGAUAGUCGUGAGUAUCCUUUUGAACCAGACAACGAAGACAAAUCUUCCGAACUGAGUCAAGACUGUGACAUCACGAAAAGAUGUCGGGCUCGUGACGUCCAGACAAAGGAACCACCGUUUGACAAAAAAAUGUCGGAAGAGAAAGGUACUUUUUCUUACAGAGUGCCCAUCGUCCUAACUAGGCUACGUUGUGUAACCUCUAUAGGAGGGUACAUUGGCUUACAUAAAAGUACAUGA